UGUUAUUAUUACUAUUAUUAAGACUAAUUUCGUAACCAAUAACAUGAGCAGGAUUGGUCACUUCCUCAUGCCUCGAGUUCGAUUUCAAACGCAAUGGGUCUGGACCAUUGUUUGGAGAAGCCUUUGGAAGCCCAUGCUUGACCCUCAGAGCCUCCUUGGUUGAGUGAGGGUGCGCUCAGUGAUGUUCCCAGUGAUGUUCCCCUCAUUAUGGCUUCACUUGCUAGGAAACCAGAGUUCGUUUUGUGAUGUCACACCGACACAGGACGGGUCUCAUUGUGACGUUCUGGAACUCUUGAUUGUAGCUCCAGCUCCUGGCAGGCUGUCCUCCCUUUUAGUAGGCCUGAUGCUGCCUUCUUGGCAAGGCUGGACUCAGAGCGCCCAUGGCUGCAGCUGAGAAGAGUUACCUGAGCGACAAGGGCGACCAGGACCUGGACCUUCCUCCUGGCCAAGCCCCGUCGUCGUACCUUCCAGCCGAAGAGGACAGGAUCCACUCCUCCAUCUCCCUUUCUUCGACUCCGCUGCACGACAAGACGGCGGCUGGCGACUCGGCCUUGAGGUCCAUGCUGGAGGAGAAUGCCUUCCAAGCCCUGAGCGACGCUCCCUGGCCAAAGAGACCCCGGCUCUCCCUCUGCGACGACGACGGCUCUCUCGAGGACAGCGACUUCCUCUCCCUCACCUUCCCCAAAAAACUCUGGAAAAUUGUGGAGAGCGAGCACUUCAAGUCCCUGUGGUGGGACGAGGACGGGACGUGCGUCGUGAUCGACGAGGAGCUCUUCAAGAAAGAGGUCCUGGAGAGGAAAGGGCCGCUGCGCAUUUUCGAAACGGAUUGCAUGAAAAGCUUCAUCCGCCAGCUCAACCUCUAUGGCUUCAGCAAGAUGAGGCAGAACUUCCAGAGAUCGGCCUCCCUGGUGGAAUUCUUGGCCGAAGAAAAGGCGGCCUACGCCUUCAGCAAGUUACAGUUUUAUCAUAACCCAAAUUUUAAGAAAGGUUGUCCUCACCUUCUUGCAAGAUGCAAGAGAAGAGUUGGGAUCAAGAACACGCCACCCAUUGCUUUCUCCUUGGAGGAGGACUUCCACGAGAGACCACGGACCCCCGACGGGCCUGCUCCCAGGGAGAACGACCUCCACGCCGCCUCCCCGCGGGAGAAAAUGCCCAAAUCGGGGCUGCGGAAACUCGCCGCGAGCAAAGCCCUUGCCGGCGCGGCCAUCCGGCUGAGGAGCGGCUAUUCGGCCUCCUCUCCCGCUCCCCUGAGGGCUUCGGAGCAAGGCCCCACCGCCGAGGACAACGAGUCCCCCAAAGGCCAGCUGGCGCCUUUCCACGUCCCCCCGCACGGCAGCCACGCUCGGGUCAACACACACGAAAUAGACUCCACCACCACCACCACCUCCGCCACCUCCUUGUACCACGUCCUGCCACCGGUUCCCAACACCCCCUUU